CCCCAAGCACGUCGCUGAUUGGCUGCGCGACGAUCAGGAGGAGCUUUCCACUGGUGCUAGAUCGCACCAUGCAUUGCUUGCCCUACUACUCCUAGCUCCUGACUCACCAUUAGGGUUUUGUAUUUUUUCCAGCUCAGAUCUGGAGCCCUGGUGUUUCCGACAUUGUAUUAUUUUUUUGCAAUUAUACUCUCGCUUUAGUUGUUGUUUGGCUCGCCUUUUUUCACGCUGCAUUAGUAGCACACUAGCUUUUCUGGUCUACUUACGUAGUCCGCGUACAUCAGCCUACCUUGACUACGUGCUGGAGGAGAAGUGUCCCGUACGUGAACUCGUCAUUAGUCAGGCAUCCCAAUCCCGCUUCUUCCGGUAUAACACACACACAAGAGGCUACUAUCAGCGGGAACAGUCCCACAUCCGAUCGUCCUCUCUUUUCGGGCUACUCGUCGCUAAAGCAGGACGCCAGUAUUUUCGGCUCUCCCGUGGUGCUGCUCUCGCAAGGGUCACCACUCUCGUGACAGUAACAAGCAGAGCACCCGCUCGAAUCCUCCCCGUCCAUUUCCAUCGCUCCUGCCUGGCGCUUACCUGGCGCUUACCUGGUGACCUGGUGUUGCAUACCAUCAAAUCUUCGAUGCACCUAAAAACCGCUUAACUGUUGCUGUGUACCUUCAAUCAGUGACUCCUCUUCGGUCCUCCCGGAUUCUCCUCUCGUCCGAUUCACGUCCUCGUAUCCCAGCCCCGUUGCGCGUGCUUUUCAAGCCGUAGAAUACUAUCUCCACGGAUUGCUUCGCUGACACAGACUCUCCGCGGAAUCCGGCGUGAAUCUCGCGCAAGGAUCGUUGCUCGCCGCCUUGCGCGCAUCUAGUCAGGUCUAGACCGACUAACCAGCAAUCUCCAGACCGUCGCUCCGCGUGCUCCCACUCACUCAAUCUCUGGACUUCCGUGCGCCGACUCUUGCCGGCCGCACGCGGAGGACUGCGCGGACGGCUGCGCAGAUUUUUCGAGGAGUCCGUUCAUCCGCCGCCCGUCCGCGCAAUCAUUCCCGCGCUGGCACAAUAGCCGCGGGGAUGGAUGGGAUAGGUUGAUUUUCUGUACAAGGAAUUUUAAGAGCACUUACGGACGACUCUGGACGAUACGGCCCGCGAGCGGCGAAGAGGGCGAUCAGCCCGGCCGAAAGCUGCGACCUGCCACCCGUGGCGUGUGACCUGUCUCCUGUGGCGUGUGGCGUGUGGCGUGUGACGUGUGAUCGUGAUCACUGCUGCAUGCUUCAAUAAGCCAGACGGCCGCACCGCCAUGGACCAGGGGUGGCAGAACCAGUUCCAGCAGCAACAGCAGCAGCAGUACCAGUAUCAGCAGUACCCGCAGCAGCAGCAGCAGCAGCAGCAGCCGCAGCCGCAGUACCAGCAGCAGCCGCUGCCGUUUCAGCAGCAACAGGCCGUGCAGUAUCAGCAGCCGCUGCAGUAUCAGCAGCAGCCGCAGCAGCAGCCGCAGGGGAUGGGGUAUGUUGGGGGAUAUGCCUUGAACCAGGGACAGGAGUAUAGCAACGCUGAGGAGCAGGCGCAGGAACAGGAGGAAGAAGAGGAAGACGAGGAGGAAGAGCAGGAGGAGGAGCAAGUGGAGGAGGGUGGGCAAGAGGGCGAGGAGGAGGAAGAGGAAGGGGAUGAAGAAGAGGAGGAGGAAGAGGAAGAGGAAGAAGGAGGGGAAGAUGGAGAAGGGGAGCAAGCAGGAGGUGCAGGGGGGGAUGAGGAGGACGGGGGUCCGGAAGAAGAGGAGGAAGAGGAAGAAGAGGAAGGAAACGAGACGAACGAAGGUGGCGGUGGUGUUGGAGAGGAGGAGGCGGAGGAGGAAGAGGAGGAGGAAGAAGAGGAGGAGGAAGAGGAGGCGGAGGCUGAAGGUCAGGAGGUCGGUCGGGGUUCAGGGGAAGGGGAAGGGGAAGGGGAAGGGGAAGGGGAAGGGGAAGGGGAAGGGGAAGGGGAAGGGGAAGGGGAAGGGGAAGCAGAGGAGGAAGCAGAAUGGCUAGAAGGUGAGCAGGAAGAGGAGAGUGGAGGAGAAGAGGAGGAAGAGGAAGGAGAUGAACAAGAGGGGCAGCAGGAAGUGAUACAGGAAGGGGUGGCGGACGAAACACAGGCUUACAAUCAAGGGGAGGGGGAGGGGCAAGAGGAGGAGGAGGAGGAGGAGGAUGAAGAGGAAGAAGAAGAGGAGGAAGAGGAGGGGGAUGAAGAAAGGCGGGAGGAGGGUAGGGAGGAUCAUGGAUUUCAGGGCUCUGGUCAGGAACCCCUGUGGGUGCAAGGCGAUGCAGGGGAGUUGAGAGAGGUACAGGCACAGGGCGAGGAGGAGGAGGAGGAGGAGGAGGAGGAGGAGGAGGAGGAGGAGGAGGAGGAAGAGGAAGAAGAGGAGGAGGAGGGGAAUCAGGUGCAAGAGGAAGAGGAGGAUGAGGAGGAGGAUGACGGAGAGGAGGCAGAGGAAGAUGCAGAAGGUAGGGAAGGAGGGCAAGGAGGGAAGGGAGGGGACUGGGAAGGCGCAACAGGGGAGCAGGAACAGGAAGGCGAGGAGGAGGAAGAGGAGGAAGAGGAAGAGGAAGAGGAAGAGGAAGAGGAAGAGGAAGAGGAAGAAGGUGUGGGGGACGAGGAGGAGGAGGCGGUAGGGGGAGUAGAUGUAGAAGCGGAUCGGGGUGAGACAGGAGGGGAGGAAGAGGAGGUAGAGGAGGAGGAGGAGGAGGAAGAGGAAGAGGCAGAUGGUGGGGGGGAGGCAGAAGAUGUGGAAGCAGAAGAGGAGGAGGAGGACAGUGUUCAAAUCGUGGAAGAGGAGGAAGGGCACGAGGAGGAACAAGAGGCUGAGGGGGAAGAAGAGGAGGAGGCUGAGGAAGAGGAGGAGGAGGAGGAGGCAGUGGAGUUGGCUGAGACUGAAGAAGAGGAGGAGGAGGAAGACCAGGAAGGAGCACAUGGGCGAGAGGCGAAUGAGGUGAAUGGGGAGCAGGGAGAGGGGGCUAGCACGCAGGAGAGUCUGGUUCAGUCUCAGGCUCCGUAUCAAGGGCAGGUACCUUCCCAACGAGACUUGCAAGAUGCUAAGGGGGUGCCGUUCUAUCACUGGCAGCAGGACCAUCAGCAGCAUCAGCAGCAUCGGCAUCAAAUCAGUGCAUCAGCUGCACCCGCACCACCUGCAGCAGUACCAGCAGUACUCGCAGCAGCAGCGGCAGCAGCAGCAGCAGCGGCUGGGGUAGUGGGGGAGGGGUCUCAACGGCAGCAGCGGCAGCGGCGGCAGCCCAAGUGGCUUGAAGAGGAGGAGGAUGUGCCGUUGUCCCACAUGCGGGGAGGGCGACAGGGGAAAGCAUGGCCGACAGGGCAUACCCCCGUUCCUGCUGCUGCUGGUGCUGCAGGUGCCGCUGGGAGAGGAGUGGGGCUAGGAGCAGGAGCAAGGGCAGGAUUAGCUCCAGUGCCAGGGGCAGGGCUUGGGGCAACGGCAGGAGGAGUAGUGCCAGGAAAAGGGGUCAGCGCUCUUGACGUUGUGGCAGGGCGAGGGCGAGGAGGGGCAGGGCCAGAGUCAGCAGCUGUUGGUAUUAGGGGCGCUCUUGCUGCUGGUGUUGGUCGGGGGGGGGUGAAGCAAGAACAGGGGGAAGUUGUUGGAUUUGCAGAGUUGAACCACCAUCGGCAGCACCUUGCCUCUCCUGCUUCUCGUGCUGCUGCUGCUGCUGAUGGCGCUGGUGCUGCUGGUGGUGGUAAUCUUAGUGCAGGGAAGAGAGUAGAAAGAGCAGUUUUAGGCGGCCAAGCAGCCUCUGCUAAGGCGGAAGCGGUGGAUGGUGCACUCCCCCCUGCUCCGCCUAGUCGGUCUAGACCUUCUGUGCCGCUUUUCACCCCUGCUAGUGCAGAUACCAGUCAGUCUAGGGACAGUGCUACUCAUACUGCUGGUGCUGAGGAUUUUGGUAACAAUGCUGGCGCUAUUACUGCUGCUGCUGUUACUGGUGUUUCUGCUGGUGGUGCUGCUAGCGGUGCUGCUGGGGAUGGCUUGGCGUCUAGGAAUCGUGCCAGGUUGGAAGCAGCAGUCGCAGCGGCAGGGGUGCUGGAUCUGUGCCCGGGUGUGCGCCUGUGCAUGCUGCCUGAUUACGAUGAUAUAGCGCCGUGCCUUGGCUUGCCAGGCUAUGCGGACGUGUAUCUAGAUGAAAGGGCGCUGAAUCCUAGUCUGGGCCCAGGGGAGCUUGCGUCUGUGGUUUUGGCAGGGGUUAUUCAGAAGGAGAAGGAGAGGAGGGAGUGGGAGGUGAGGCAGAGGGUGAGAGGAGAGCUGGAGAGGUUAGGUGGAGAGAGGUUGGAGAGAGAGAGGUUAGAGAGGGAGAGAUUAGAGAGGUUGGAACAGGAGAGGAAGGAACGGGAGAGGAAGGAGAGGGAGAGGAGGGAGAGGUUAAGGAGGGAGCAGGAGAGGAAGGAGAGGGAGAGGAGAGAGCGGGAGAGGAAGGAAAGGGAGAGGAAAGAGAGGGAGAGGAUAGAGAGGGAGAGGAAGGAGGCCGAGAGGAGGGAGAGGGAGAGGAAGGAACGGGAGAGGAAGGAGAAGGAAAGAAAGGAGCGGGAGAGAAAAGAGAAGGAGAGGAAGGAGAGGGAAGAGAGGGAACGUCAGAGGUUGCUGGAGCUAGAGAGGAAAAGAGAGGAGGAGAGGAGAAGGGAAGAGGAGAGGAAGAGGGAGGAGGAGCGGCUAAGGCUAUUGGAGUUGGAACGGCAAAGGGAGGAAGAGAGGAAGCGGCAGUUAGAGCUGGAACGGGAGCGAGAGAGGGAGAGAGAGAGGCAGAGGGAAAUUGAGCGAGAACAAGAGAGGGAGAGGCAGAGGCAACUGGAGCUGCAAAGGGAAAGGGAGAGGGAGCAAGAGCGGGAGAGGGAGAGGGAGAGGGAGCGGAAGCGGUUAGCGGAGGAAGCAGCUGCUGCUGCCGCUGCAGCUGUUGCGGCGGCGGCGGCUGCGGCUGCAGCAGCAGCUGCGGCCGAAGAGAGUAAUGCGGAUCAGAUGAAACUAUGGGGGGCGUCGAGAAGCAGGGGGUCUAGAUCAGGUGUGGGCGAGUGGAACCCGGAUAUGCUCUCUCAGUAUGGCGGCUUGCAGCAGCAGGAACAGCAGCAACAACAGAUGCAACAGCCUUACUACCAGCAGCAGCAGCAGCAGCAGCUAGCUGCAGGUCUGGCGCUUGGCAUGCCUGUGCAAGGCAGUCCCAGGGACAUGUCCCAUGCUGCUGGUACGCCGGCUCGUGCCUCUGCUGCGUUGGCUGGAGCUGUUGCAGGGGGGGGGCAGACACCAGUGCAAGCAGCAGGAGGGAACGGAGGGGUUGGAUUCCCAGCAGCACCCUCAAAGCCUGGCGAAGCUGCCGGGCCAGUGGCAGGCACAGUGCAAGGGAAGCGCGGCGUGGUGGGGGGGGGGCGGAGGGAGCCGACUAAGGCAGAGCAGGAGGCGGCGCUGCUGAAAGAGAUGGAGAAGACGGCCAAGGCGUGGAGCUCCAUGGUGCGGAAAGACCUGCUCAAGCACCACCGGCUUUUUGUGAUGACACACAAGAAGCAGUCGUUGGACUGCAAGCGCACCGCGGAGCUGUGCCAGAGAGAGGUCCGAGUACGCGUGACCCGCUCGGUCAAGGCAGCCAAGGGCGCGCCGCUGCGCAUGAAGCGUCUGGCCCGAGACAUGGUGCUGUUCUGGCGGCGGUACGACCGAGAGCAGACAGAGCUGCGCAAGCGCGAGGAGAAGGAGGCGCUGGAGGCACGGCGGCGACAGGACGAGCUGAGGGAGGCGCGGCGGCAGCAGCAGCGCCUCAACUUCCUGCUCACGCAGACGGAGCUGUACUCGCAUUUCAUGCACUCCAAGGUCGCGCCGGGGGCCGGAGGCGCGGCUGGUGCUGCUGCUGGGAAGGCGCAGGUGCCUGGUGCCGCUGGGGUUGUAGCCGGCGCAGGCGCUUCUGCUGCUGGUGCUGGUGCUGGUGGUGCUGCUGGUGGUGCUGCUGGUAGUGCUGGUUUGAGUGCGGAGGAGGUGGAGGAGAAUGAGAGGAUGGCUGAGGAGGCGAGGCUGGCAGCGGUGCAUGCAGCGAGCGAGCAGCAGAGCAGGACUAGCCUGUUUGACAACGAGUCCAGGAGGCUGAGAGGGGAAGAGGAAGGGGAGGGCGAGGGUGCGGGAGAGGAGGGAAUGGGGGCAGGCAGGGAGGGAGAGGAGGGCAUGGCUGCAGAUAUGGAUCUACUGAACCCGUCCACGAUGCCGGAAGCCUCGACGGUGGCGCAGCCCAGCAUCUUCAGAGGGCGGCUCAAGGAGUACCAGCUCAAGGGGCUGCAGUGGCUCGUGAACCUCUACGAGCAGGGUUUGAACGGCAUCCUGGCAGACGAGAUGGGGCUUGGCAAGACCAUCCAAGCCAUGACCUUCCUUGCUCACCUGGCAGAGGAGAAGGGCAUCUGGGGCCCGUUUCUUGUGGUGGCGCCAGCAUCUGUUCUCAGCAACUGGGCGGACGAGCUUGCACGCUUCCUGCCUGAGUUCAAGGUGCUGCCGUACUGGGGCGGCCUGCCAGAGCGCACAGUGCUGCGAAAGAACAUCCACCCGAAAAAGCUCUACCGCAAGGACGCGGCGUUCCACGUGAUGGUGACGUCGUACCAGCUGCUGGUGGCGGACGACAAGUACCUGCGGCGAGUCAAGUGGCAGUACCUCGUGCUGGACGAGGCGCAGGCCAUCAAGAGCGCCGGCAGCAUCCGGUGGCGCACGCUGCUGUCGUUUUCGUGCCGCAACCGGCUGCUGCUGACGGGCACGCCGAUCCAGAACUCCAUGGCGGAGCUGUGGGCGCUGCUGCACUUCAUCAUGCCCACGCUCUUCGACAGCCACGAGCAGUUCAGCGAAUGGUUCUCCAAGGGCAUUGAGGGUCAUGCGGAGCAUGGAGGGCUGCUCAACGAGCAUCAGCUCAGCCGACUGCAUGCCAUUCUGAAGCCGUUCAUGCUGCGGCGCGUGAAGAAGGACGUGGAGACGGAGAUGAGUGGCAAGCGCGAGCUGGUGGUGCCGUGUGAGCUGCGUGCGCGGCAGCAGGCGCUGUACCGCGCGGUGAAGAACAAGAUCUCCAUCGCCGACCUGUUUGACAGUGUGGGAGGGCAGAUCAACGAGAAGAAGGUCCUGCACCUCAUGAACCUCGUCAUCCAGCUGCGCAAGGUGUGCAACCACCCCGAGCUGUUUGAGCGCAACGAGGCCAAGGCGUACUUCUAUUUCGCCACCAUCUCCCCGCCGCUGCAGCCUCCUCCCUUUGGGGAGCCCGACUGGGUGCCGUACAGCGGCCGCCACAACCCCAUCUCUUACACGAUCCCGAAGCUUGUUUACCGGGAGUGCACGCCCGCGCUCCCUCCCGCCUCGUCCGGUGUCUUCCAGGGCUUCUCUCAGAAAUGGCUCUACCACCGGCUUUCCAUCUUCUCCCCUCUCCACAUCCACCACUCCCUCUUCCCCCGCUCUCCCCCACCCGCCUCCUCCUCCUCUCCCUCCUCCUCCCCCUCCGCAUCCUCCUCGUGCCCCCGCUCUAUCCUAUCACCUGCUAUACUGCGGCUCCCUUCCCCCUCCUCUCCCUCCGCCUCCUCAUACUCCUCCACUCCCUCUGCAGUCUCCCCGUUCGCCUUUCUUCGCCUCCUGAAUCUAGCACCAUCAGACCUUACCUUCCUAGCCCGAGCCACGGCUUUUGAAAGGGCAGUUGCAGGGGAGCUGAUGAGGCAAGCAGGGUGUGCGCAGGUGUUUAUGGGGCAGGGUUCUGCUGACUGGGUGGAUGAUUGGGAGGAGGAUUGGGCGGUAGGAAAGGGGAGGAGUGGGCGGCGGAGGAGUGGGGCGAGAGGGGGGGGGAGGGAGGCGGACAGUGGGCGAGGGGAGGGAGGGGAGGGGAGAGAAGGGAAGGGCAGGGAGGGUCGCGAGGAGGACGACGAGGAGGUGGGAGAGGAGGAGGAAGGGAUGGAGGAUCGGUUGCUGGCUGUACAUAGAUUGCUGUGUGUGAAGCCUAGAGGUCAGGGGGCUGUGCUGAGAAGAAGAGAGCACUGGCUGAGGAAGGUAGCGGAAAGACGGUUGGGUGACAAGGAGGAGAGGGGCGUGGGGAAGGAGCAGGCGAGAGGGAAGGAGCAGGAGAGGGGGGAGGAGCAGGAGAGGGGGACGGAAGGAGAGCAGGAGAGAAAAGUGUCAAGGCAGGGAGAGGAGGAAAGGAAAGAGGAAGUGCCUGGGGAGGAUGGAGGUCCGGGGCGGAAGCAGAUGGAUGAAGGGAGAGGGAGCGAUGGGGAGAAUGGAGUGGAGGUGAAAGAAGGGGGGGAUGCGGAGAUGGAAGAGGGGAGGAAAGGAGGGGAGGAGAGGGAGGGAGGUGAAAGGGAGGGGAGAGGAAGAGAGAGAGACAAGGAAAGGAAGAGGGAUGAUGGGACGGAGGAAGGGAAACCGAAUGGUGAGGGUGAGGGUGAGGAAGCAAUGGAGGUGGAGGGGGGAAAGGAGAGUGGUGAGAAGAGCGGGGAGGUGAAGGAAGAGAGAGAGGAGAUGGGGCAGAAGGAGGAGGUGGGAAAGCAGGGGAGUGCUGGCACUGAGGUGAGUGACGAUAUCAAGAUGGAGGAGGUGAAGGAGGAGCCAGAGUUGAAAGGAGAAGAGGGGGAGAAAACGCUGGGGAUAAUGGAGGGUGGAGUGAAGGAGGAAGACGAGGAGGAGAAAGAGUCGGCUAACCGAUCUGAAUGCGCUAAUAACAAGAAUAAUGUGGAUAUCAGCAUUGACAGGAGAAGUAACGACCACGAUACCAACAGCGGCAAGAACAGCAACGCCGCCAAUACGGAGCGCACUAACAACGACAGAAAGCAUCAUGCUAGAAGUGCCGACACUAACAACGACAGCGGCGGCGCCAAUAACAACAACAACAACAACAACAAUGACGACAACAGCAGCAGCUGCAGCAGCCGCGUGCCCUUCCUAACAGGCUGGCCGAAAGACCCUCCGCUCCUCCUCCCCUCCCCUCUCAUCUCCUCCUUCCCCGCCCGUCUCUACCACUCCGCCUCCAUCAUUCGCACCACGCGCACAUUCAUCCCCCCUGUCCGUGCCCCCCCCAUCGACAUCAUCUGCCACGACCGCUCCUUUGCCUACCAGCAGCAGCAGCAGCUCUACCCCCCCUGGGCCCUCCAUCUUCUCUUCGGCUUCACCAGGAUCAACGAGCUCUCCGGCCCGUUCCUGUAUGCGGACCCAGCCGCACGGCUGUCUGUGCCCCCCCCUGCGUCCUCACCAGUGCUAGCGGUGAUGGGGGAAGAGGAGGGGGGCGUGGAGGGGAUGGGUGGUGGCAGGGGGGAGGUGGAGGGGGCUGGUGGUGGCGGUGGUGGUUCUAGGGGCGGGAUGGAGGUGAGGCUGCCGCGGCCGCUGCUGGGCGUGCAGCAUGACGUGGAGGGAUCGGCGCCACCCAUCCAGAUCUUUGACUUCUCUAAAAUGCUCACGGACUCGGGCAAGCUGCACCAGCUGGACGUGUUGCUGCGGCGGCUGAGAGUGGAGGGCCACCGCGUGCUGCUGUUUGCCCAGAUGACCAAGAUGCUCAACAUCCUCGAGGACUACAUGAACUACCGCAAGUACAAGUACCUGCGGCUGGAUGGGUCGUCCACAAUCGUGGACCGCAGGGAGAUGGUGAAGGACUUUCAGCACAAGUCGGACAUCUUUGUGUUUCUGCUGAGCACGCGGGCGGGUGGGCUGGGCAUCAACCUGACGGCGGCGGACACGGUGAUCUUCUACGAGAGCGACUGGAACCCCACCAUGGACCUGCAGGCCAUGGACCGCGCGCACCGGCUGGGGCAGACCCGAGAGGUGACGGUGUACCGCAUGAUCUGCGGCGGCACGGUGGAGGAGAAGAUAGUGAAGCGCGCCAACCAGAAGAACACUGUGCAGCAGCUCGUCAUGACGGGGCAGGGCGGCGCGGGCGGCGGGCUGGUGGCGGGCGGCGGGGGAGCCGGGGGCGGGGACGUGUUUGAGGCGGAGGAGGUGGUGUCGCUGCUGCUAGACGAUGCUGAGCUGGAGGCGCAGCUCAAGGCGCAGCAGGAGCAGGCUGCUGCAAAACAGAACUCGGAUCGGAGGCGGAGACGAGGGUCGAAGAAGAUUCGACUAGACGCGGAGGGAGGGGAGGCGGUGGAGGAGGAGGAGGGGGCGAGGGGAGGGGAGGAGUCAGGAGGAGGGAGGCGAGAUGCAAGCGGGGGAGCAUCGGAGAAUGCGUCUGGGGCGGAUGGUACAGGAGGGGCUGAGGGGGCAGGUGCAGGCUCACACAAGCGAAAGAGGCAAUCAGAUCGGCCCCCAAGACCUGGAGCCAGGGGCAAAGGGAGAGGUGGCGCUGCUGCUGCUGCUGCUGCCGCUGCAGCUGGUGGUGCGGCUGCUGCUGAUGCCAGCACGGGGCGUAAAAGAGGGAGAGCAGCAGGCGCAGCUGCAGCAGCAGCAGCAGCGGCGGCAGCGGCAGCGGCAGCGGCAGAGGCAGCAGCAGCUGCGGCAGUGGCAACACCAACAGCGGAAGAAGAGGAGGAGGGAGCAGGGGUAGGGAACGGUAUAGGUGGAGGAGGUGUGGUAAGACGAGCAGGGGGGGCAGGGGAGUUGUCGGAUGUAGGAGGUGGUGCCGAGGGUGGUUUAUCCGAGGCAGCAGAGCGGAACGGAUGGGGGGCGAGAGAAGCGGUUCUGGAAGGCACAGCAGCCAAGAGACGGAGAGGACCAACUCCUCAAAGGAGGAGAUUGAGUGCCAUGGGGUGGGUGAAUGAGGGGAGAACAGGAGAGGAUAGUGGGGGAGGAGGAGGAGGGAUAGAUGGGAGAAGAGAGGGAGAGGGGAGGUUGGUGGUGGGGGGGGAGGAGGGUUGGAGGGAGAUGGAGCAGUGGAUUGAAAGCUUUGAAGCGUCUGAUUGGAACAGUGGGUUUUGAAGCAGAGGCAGAGAUGUCAUGGCUUGAGUUGUAAGGGUGAUGAACAGAGGAACCAUCAGGUUUCUUGAUGUGUCCUGGAAAUAAGCGGGGAAGGAGGGGGGGGGGGGGGGGGAGGGUGCGGGAAGGAGGAGAGCAGCAGGAAAAAGUCUCUUACUGCACUUGCUGCCGGUAUUCUUGAAAGCGCGGCAGCAAUGAUGGGGCAGGCAGGGAGUGGCACUACUAUAUAAACAGAAGCCAUUCUCACCGCUACCGUGCUUGCACACAUGUGAUCAAGGUGUCCGCAUUGUGCCUGGUGUGGCACUCCAACCAGAACAUUGUUUGGGUCAGAGAGCGGAGGAGAACAGUGUGCAGCGGUUGCUGUAGUGGGCGAGUUAUACUGAAAGCAAAGUUUUGCCACCUCUUCUUUUCAACCCCUGCAUGAGCAGCAUGCAUGCAUUGAGGCAGCUUGCAGUAAAAUUCCAGAGAUCAGUUCUAGGUUAUGGCAUUUUCAGAUUUACGGUCAUACUGUAUGGUGCUACAGUAUGGUGCUACAGUGCAUGACACACUGUUCAUUUCAGAUGACGCGCAUGGCCAGGUCUAGGCUUGCCGUGCCAUGCUUGGUAGGUUAUUGAACUUUACUGUAGAGGGUACAACCCCCCUCCUUGUAUGCCUCUCUCUUCUAGUUGCCCCCUUUUCUCU